ACUGCGCUUAUCUUCUAUCCAGCAUUUCAUCUUAUUUUUUUCAGGUCCUUCCGACGAGGCGUCUUAGCGCAAGUGAAAUCUUUCCUCAAGGGCACCGCCCUAGAGCAGGGAUGAUGAACGACGUGCCCAGCGUGAUGAUCCAGCGACCCGAUAGACUAGACGACAUGGACAUCGACUCCACUCCCGCCCAGCAACGCUCCUCGCGGAAGCACCUACGCUGCAGUGACGACGACGAUGAUCUAGCAUGGAGCUCUGAUACUUCGGGCCAAUUUGACGAUGCUGAGGAACCCGGUCUGGAAGACUGCAAAUCCCCAUCAGCGAAGUCCGCAAAGCGUCGCCGGUCCAAUGACUGGCCGUUGCCGGACGAAGCAGCGGACUACGGAAGCAAUGGCAGUCGAAGCUCGCGCAAUGGGAAUACAUCUUUGGGACCGAACUACAAAGCCUCACCUCGCGCGUCGCCCAGGGGGUCGGCUGUAUCUCUGCGCAACAGACAUAAAGCGUCUACCAAUAGCCCUCGGCAUCACCUUACCCGGCGGUCUCGUUUCGUUGAGGCGAAUAUGAGCGAUAGCGUUAGCGAGAAGCCACCCAGUAUUUAUUUGCGCGAGAGCAAAGGGCCUGGUUCGCAAAACCGUACAUCUGGGAUUUUCCGAUUCGGCAAAGCAAUUGCAUCUGCUUUCAAUCCAUUCGGCGGUUGGAGCAAGGCCUCGCCUGAGCACGCAAACAAGUCCCCCCAGAAAGAUGCCCUCACCCAAGCCGAGGAAGCAUAUGCGAAUCUCAAGCGCGCCGGCUACAAGGGCACGAACAAAGGAUCUUAUAUGCAAAGCCAAAAUGUCAACGCCUCCAACGCCGACCAAACCUGGCAAGCAAUUCAAGACAAAAUGGGCUAUGGAAGUCCCAAACAAAAUGCAGCCUCCCAAUUCGCGCCAUUGUCGCCGAUUCGCUCACCCUUACGAUCCCCGUCAAAGUCUUCCAAGCGCUCGUCCUUUCAAGAUCUUCGCAUUCCAUUCAUGAAAAACCACGAACAACCACCCGCGACAACUGCAUGUCUAGAUCAUCCGUCCGAAGACUCCGAAAACCAGGGAGUUCGGAGGCAAAAGUCUCGCAAGGAGCUCUCACGCGAGUCAAAGCUUCUCAAGAAAGUGAGCAACCUUGAGGAUAAGCUGGAGCGCGCGCGACGAGAACUUCGUCAUCUGAGUGGUAAUGAGGAGCGACUGCCGUCUCCGACUCUAGAUUAUCGACCCAUGAGCGUCGAAAUGGAUGCAGGGAGCUACCCGCGAAAAUUCGUCCCAGGCGCACUUCCAAGCGUACCAUCUGAACGAUUGCUAGAUCAGCAGACCGUUUCUCAAUCUCCCGAACUUCAGGCCUUUGUUUCUGAGGAGGGAAGAAGUGCUUCACCGGAGUCUCAGCCAACGGCUAAGUCUCCAAGACGGCGACCAUCUUCAAUGGGUAAGGAAAGCUCUUCCCGCAAAAGGAAGUCAACAGUUCCUGAACCAAUCGCUAGUCGGAAACCUCUUCAACCCAAUCCGGCGGACCACAUUGACGACGAACGCCCCUCCGAAUACGACUAUUUAAUCGACGCCGGUCUGCUUAGCCCACCCCGCUCAAAGUUGCAGAAAUUCGAAGCCGGCGACAGCCCGGGGUCCGUGGACCGCACACGACAUGUGGAUCACGGAGCAUCCGCGGCCCAAGGCGCGGAUUCAAUGCAUAGAAGGUCCUCAUAUGUCAAGUCCCGAUCCUCUCCUAGCGCCAAUCGCUCACCAAUGACAAAGAACAUAAGAUCACCGCCUCGCCUCCGCAUGCAACGCAACCGAUCGGAACUGCGCUCCUCUGUUUCUACAACCUAUACUACUCCCACCUUAAAAUCCGACCCUAUCGCCUAUGACUUUUCUUCUCCUCCACCACCAUCUAAUGAAGCCCAUCAAGCCUUUUAUCUUCAGUCCCAUCGCCAAAUCGACCCAGACCAGGCUCGCUCUUCACCCACCAAAGCACGACCUAGCCCAAGACGGCGACAUAGUUACGACGUGGACAUCCCUCCUGUGCCUCCUCUACCUAAAGAGCUCCGCAUGAACGCCAUCAAAGUGACCGAAUCGCCCACCAAACCACAUAAGUCUGUAAGAGACUCUGCUCCGCCAGUCCUGUCUCAACAGAUACUGCCGGGUCUAAAGGACCAGGCCUCGAAGGAAGAACGAUUCCUUUGGCCAAAGGAUAUAUUUUAG